UUAUUUUAUUUUUUUCAAACCCAGUUUCUACAUUUAGGUACUAAAUUUUAGUUGAACUGACAGAGCAGUGAAAGGGGUUCCUGAUCUAAUAAAAUGGAAAGAAAAGAAAGAGACACCUGUUUGGACGUUCAGUGAGUGCAUGGAUGGGGUCUGUGUGUUCUCGGUACGAGAAAGGUGGGCCUAUACUCUGCGAAGACGGAGAGCUGCUGCUGCCAACACGUCAUCGCCUGAUGCUAAAAAACACGCUCACACCUCAUCUGGGUCCUCCAGCGCUCACUACCUUCUUGCCGCUCCAGCAGCCCUCGUUGUCUGCCUGAACUCUCACCCUUUGCUGGUGGGGAAAUGUCACGAAGAGGCCCGCGCCGCAGCAAGGGGGCGUCGAGGCGAAAAACAAGCGCCGUUAUUGUUUUAUUCCCACCCGGUACGAGCAGAGGAACCCUCCCCCAAAAAGCGCGGUCCUGCUGAACCAGCGUCCACUAGCUACCCCCAUCACUGACAGCGCCGCUGCCGCCACCGUAAGACCCGCCGGCCGCUCUCCCCUGCCUCCGGCCGCCGCGCUGCUUCUCCAUCUCGGCUCCGUCUCCGUCUCGUCUCGGAUUCUCAGGCGCUACCAACCAUGAGAUAUGAAACAUUUGUACACUGGGACUUGCUGCUUUUACCAGCACACCCCCCUUCCGCCAUGACACCCAGCAGAGGAUUCUGGGAUUGACGUUAGCAUCACUCCCACUGAUGGCCUGGACCAGGUUUCAGCAAACCUGCUGAAGCUAUGGGGAGCUGUUGGAGCUGUCUAUACAGAGACGCCAUCCAAGACAACCACCCCACCAAAUUCAAGGUGACAAAUGUUGAUGAUGAAGGGAAUGAACUGGGAUCGGGGACGAUGGAGCUCACCCAAACAGAGCUCAUUCUGCACACACGAAAGCGGGAUGCCAUUCGGUGGCCAUACCUGUGCCUGCGGCGCUACGGAUACGAUUCCAACCUGUUCUCUUUUGAGAGUGGUCGCCGGUGCCAGACAGGGCAGGGAAUCUUUGCAUUUAAGUGCUCUCGUGCGGAGGAAAUCUUUAACUUGCUGCAGGAACUGAUGCAAUGCAACAGCAUUAAUGUGGUGGAGGAGCCCAUGAUCAUGACUCGCCCUGGCCAUGCACCAGAGAUGGAGCUGCCUCGAACCCCGCAAACACCCAACACUCCUGGGUUUCCAGUGCAGGCUUUUCCUAACGGAUACCCCGGGUACCCUGUCAGUGCCGACUCAUCCCAGCCCACACUCACUGACGACCACAGACACAGCCUCAUGGGGAUGGAUGACCAGACACAUACCUACGUAAACACAGUGAGUAUGGAGAGUGACCUCUCCAGUCGCCACUGUGUUCAUUCCCUGCCAGAUGUACGACCUACCCCCUUCCCUGAGGCCUCAUCAGCCUCUGCUGGCCGUGGGGGCCCGGUACCCGGUCAGCCAGGCAUGCACUGCUGCCCAAUGGACGACUCUCACAAGGACCCUCAGGUGUUCCUGCAGCCCGGAGCUCAGGAGGUGAAGUUCAUGCUGGGACCCACACCAGCGCAGCGUCACCUGCUGGAGAGAGACAGAGACCGGCACUCCGCUCACCCGCUCCGAGCUCCAGACGGCAGCUCGGAGACUGAGGGUGAGGAGGCUCCGCCCAUGCACUUGUGUAACCCGCACUCCUAUCACCAUUACCACCAUCACCUCCACCGGCACCCCAGCAUGGAGCCCAGCCAGCUAACGUAUGAGAACAUUAACGGACUGCGAGGGGGACGCAGGCAACGGCUCAGCCCCAGCAGCGUGUCCCAGUCACAGUCCGUCGGCUCCAGUAGCAGCAGCAGCACCACGGGUGAAUCACACCCACACUCACACCCACACUCACUCCCACUCACGCACACACACACCUCCAUGCUGCCUCCUCAGGGCUACGGCUGUGAGAGGGGCAUGGGGAUGGGAGGUCACCGCCGCACCGCACUGCUCAAUUACGAGAAUCUUCCGUCCCUUCCGCCCGUGUGGGAAUACCGUGCUCUUCAGCGUGAGGAAGAGGAAGAGCAGGACGAAGACGAGGAAGAUGAUGAGUAUGAGGAGGAAGAAGAGGAGGACUUUGAUGAAUACGAAUAUUCAGAGGGGCCUGGGACUCCAAAUGGUUAUCAUCAGGAUAGCAGCGGAACUGGUGGGAUCCAUCGUGAUGCUCUGCAGAACUACGUCAACACCGAACAGAUACAGCCUCCACGUCUCCGUCAUGCAUGCCCUCCCCAUCCGCACCCUCCUGAGAGGGGCGGCAGAGUGUUCAGUUUUGAUUUCCGUCGGCAGCGGGCAGGACGGGGCGCAAUGGGCGGGUCUGCCUGCGAGCAGUACAGCCGCCACCCUCCCCCUCCUCCCUCCCGGCAGCUCAACUACAUCCAGGUGGACCUGGAGGCGGGGAGCUCAAGUUGUCCAGGACAUGGAGGGGCUCAGGUGCCACAGAGACCGCCACCCAUGAAGCGCGGUAUGGCUGCUGCCACAGCUCCGCCCUCACGUCGCGGGGAGUGCUACGCUGUGAUCGACCUGCAGAAGACUGCAGCCAUGUCCAACCUUCAAAAAGCUCUGCCACGUGAUGAUGGCACCUCACGGAAAACUCGCCACAACAGCACCGACCUGCCUCUGUGAAUGGAAACUAGAGGGAUAAAGAGUAAAAGAGAGAGAUUUAUGCUCUAACGUGGGUAAAGGUGUAAGGAUGGAGCUCUGGGGGUGUUCUUUUUCUUUUGUUUAUGUUAAGUCUGUCACCUCUACCAUACCUUCAGUACGUCUAUGCCAGCUGUUUUUUUUUGUACAGUCAGACAGGUAUGUGUACAUAUCAAAAUAAGAGUUAAUGCAAUUUCAAAAGGUUGUUUAAAGUGUAUUUUGUAAUCUAUGGUUAGGUCCGGAAUUUGUUUUGGUAUUCAAGGCAAGCAGGAUACUGGGCCAUGGAGUUGAGCAAAGAGCCAGAAGAAAGCAAUGUGUCAAACAAGCCGCAUAUUUUAUUAAAGCCUCACUCAAUUUAACUAUUAGAAUUUGAAAUAAAUAUGAAAAAAGGUUAAAAAUAAAAAGCAGAACCUCUUAAGUACCACACAUUUAGUACAUGUUUAGUUUACACGCUAAUGUGCAACAUGGCUUGAGGAAAUACAAGACUUAAGCUGAAGUUAUAAAUGUGAUUUGUGAUAAAUCAGUUUAUGACUAAAAUACAUCACAUCUUGCCAGUAUUUUGGAAUCUGUAGUAUGUCUCCUAUUGAGAGAACACCGAUAAAAACUAAUUGGAAGAACCUCCAGGCAGAGUAGAAUUCUCAAAGAAAACAUGCUCACAUAGUUACUGUUUACAGUUUCUGUUAAGUAUUCAGCAUAUUUUAAUCACUUUAUCGCAGCUACUUAGUGUGUGGAGAAAGAAGAGUGUACAUUAAAUACACAGAAAAUCCUAUCCUCAGGAAUACACGCACUGUUCACUUCCAGUAGUAACAUUUUAAAACUGAGACUUUAUUGUAAGGUUUAUGGUUUUAAAAGAGACUGGCUUUAAAAAAAAACCUUUAGAAAUUGCAUUUAAAUAAGGUCACAAACUGGUCUGUACCUGGUUAGUUGUAUUUUUUCAGCUAGAGAGUUUCAACAUGAGCUCUUAUUAGAGUGUUAUGUGUCUGAGCUCGAUUUUAUACAGUGAAACACGACUGAUGGUGGGAGUGUACAUUUCAUCAUCAUUUAGAAAAGAGCUUUUAGCAAGUAUAUUCUUUGUCUGUUAUCGUGCAAAUUAGACAAAGAAAUUUUGAAAAACACACUCAACACUUAAAAAAAGGUACUACAAAGUGUUCUUGAAGCAAUGCCAUAAAAGAACCAAUCUUGGGUCUGUAUAGAACAUUUUGUAAAAGAUAAUUGUGAAGAGCCUUCAAAGAUUUAAACUUGAGCACUUGAUAUAAAGAUAACUUACCAAUUCAAAAAAAAACUUUUGUAAAGAACUAUUUGUAGCACCUUUAAUUUAAGAUGGCAAGAUCUAUGUGAGUGCUGUUCCCACACUCCCUAUGUAUUCACGUGUUUGUGAGGGAUUCAUGUUUUAGGUAUUAAGUGCAAAUCCAAGAGUGUAUUUAUGUCAAUCUAUGUUUUUUGAGAAACUGUGCAAAGCAUCAUUUACAUACAUAUGCAGAGGGAAGGACAUUCAUUAUUUUUUAUAUCUGAAGAGAAAAUGUCAUUCCAUAAGCCUUAUGUGGCAAAUCAUAUUUAUUUGUUUAAUUUAUGAUUAUUUAUAUAUUUAUUAAUUUGUUUAUUUUUGGUAUUUGACUCUUAUUAACAAGAGUAGAUAACAUAUUUAUUAAUUAGACAAAUUGUCUUAAAAUAGAUGCUACAGGAGAUGAGGGAGACCAUAGAAUCCAGAUUGCUGUUGUUACAGUGUUUUUUUAAAUUGCAAUUCCAUGCUAAAUAGUGACUAUAUUAUUAUGCUAAAAUAGUAUAGUGACAUGUUGUGCCAAACAGCUGAAUUAUAUAUAUCAGAAUUAUGUGCCAUUAGUGAAUGUGGAAUUUGAGGGCUAAUUAUCAACUGAAAAUAAGAUGCAGCUGUACUCUAUACGGAUGAUAAGCUAUCCAGGGCUAAGACCUUGAUGAGUUGGUCAUGUUUACCAAUUCCUAAUGAAAUCCCAUUUAUACAUCCCAGUGAAGGAUAUAUUUUCUGUUUUGUUGUCUGUUGAUAUGUCCUGGAUGUUUUGACGUUGGUCACAGAACUCCAGUCAAGUUUCAUGUUUGUCUGUUCCACCUAUAGUAGCAGCUUGCGUACUGUAUGUGUCGCCUUGCAGAUAAUUUUGCACUAUACUGUGAAAAAGACUAAUGUGGAUGAUAACUAGAAUUCUGUGAUUGACAGACUUUCAGGUAAAUGGUGGAAAAAGCUCCCAAGAUAAAAGUGUUAAUGAAUUGUAAAGAUUAAGUCUUGUGUGAAAGGGAUUUUUAAAAGAGAAUCCUGGAUGAGGGGGGCUAAGGUUAAUCUAUGUUAGAAAACCUGAACCUUAAAUGUUUAUUUGUGUUAAACAAAACUUUUUUGGUUUUCACUGUAUAUAUAUAUAUAUAUAUAUAUAUAU